CUUAUUUCUAGACUUCAUGCCAUCUUACUUGAUCAAGAAGUAUUCUAAUUCUAUCUUCCUUGAUCACCAAGUAUUCUAUUUUUUCCCGUAGAUACUAGAAUGAAAUAAUUUCUCGUUUAUAUAAACUUUAAAAAACCAAAAAAAAAAAAGGAAAACGUAUAAAACCUUCAACUUCCCCUUUCCCAAAGCACCCUUGUUUGUAAAAAAAGAAAAAAAUAAGAUGGGAAUUUUUGCAAAGAGACUAUCAAGAGCCCUUUCCACUUGCAUUCUAUCCAAACAGUGGCCGUAUCACCAAUCGCUCUUUGCCUCGGCUUGGUCCGCCACUCAACUCCGCGGUGUCAAAUCUCGCGGUUCUGAUUUGAAGCCAGGAAACGUGAUUGAGAAAAAAGGAAGGAUUUAUCAGGUGGUAAAGGCACAACACACAACCCAAGGAAGAGGAGGAGCUAUUAUACAGGUGGAACUCCAUGAUGUUGAUAGUGGAAGCAAGUCCAGUGCAAGAUUUCGUACGGAUGAAACUGUUGAAAAAGUAUUUGUUGCAGAAAAGAGUUUCAGGUACCUCUAUACCGAUGAAGAAACUGGGAACAUUGUGCUAAUGGAGCCUGAAACCUAUGAGCAGCUAGAUGUACCAAAACACUUGUUUGGUGAAUGUUAUGUCUACCUUCAAGAUGAUAUGGAAGUCGAUGUACAACUUUACGAGGAAAGAGCAAUGUCUGUGUCAAUUCCUAGGCGAGUAACAUGUACUGUUGCUGAAUCCGAAAUUCCCAUGAGGGCAUCAGCUACUCCACAGUAUAAGAAGGUUUUGUUGGACAAUGGUCUUACUGUGCAGGUACCGAAAUAUGUUGUAGAAGGAGACAGGAUUAUCGUAAACACCACCAACCACUCUUACGUAAGCAGAGCUUAAGAGUGGCAUUUUAUUUUAUUCUUCAUAAUAGUUGGAGUUUGUUAGAAUCCAAAUUAUAGUAUAGAUAUUUUUAGCAGAGUAUGUUAGGGCUCUUCAAAAUCAAACUCUUACCGAUAAGCUUGGCGAAUUGAUAUUGAGUUAUCGGAUAAAUGAUUGAUGAACGUAUUAACGUUUGAUUGUUUAAAA